UAAAACCAAAUAUGCAGCAGCUGAAACUACAAAAAUGAAUGAAAAUAAUAGCGAUGAUGAUUUACAAGAAAUGACGCUUAAUAAGCAACAGUAUCAGCUACAAAAUAAGAAAUAUAAAGAUGACAAUUUACAAAAAAUUUCACCUGGCAAUGAAAAUUGA